ACUACUUCGGUGAUUGGUUGGUAACCAUACUGUAGUGAACAGGAUUGCCAAGAGUUACUGCCCUUUUAUAGCAAUCCGCCAUGACCAGGUAAUGCAUGGAAGGCAGUAUUAAUAUUUUGUAGAAAGCCUGACUCCUGAUGCAGUUGCUGAACUGUAUGUGAAAAAUCGUAAGACAUACAGUUAAAAUAUUAUUCACACAGAGCCCUAGAAAUCAACAGAAGUUACACAUUAGAAUACAUACUGGAGAAAAAACAUUUGCACCUGGAAAAUUCAGGCAUGUUGAGCAAUAAAUGUAAAAUUGAUGAGGACACAUUCAGCUCUAUGGGCAAUUUGAAACAAAUGAGAAUUCACACUGGAGAAAAACGUUAUAAAUGUAAUGAUUGUGAUGCCACAUUCACCCGUAUGGGUAGUCUGAAGGGACAUAUGAUGAUACAUACUGGAGAAAAGCCUUUUAAAUGUGAUAAAUGUAACUCUGCUUUCACCAGAAUUACUGUUCUUAAGGAUCACAUGAGGGUACAUACUGGAGAAAAACCUUUUAAAUGUAAAGUCUGUUUUGGUGCUUUUACCCACAUGAGUACUCUUAGGCGACAUAUGAGCAUACAUACUGGAGAAAAACCUUUUUCAUGUAAAGUAUGUAAUUAUACUUUCAGCACUAAAUAUGAUCUGACAAAGCACUUGAGGAUACAUUCUGCCGAUAAACCUUUUAAAUGUAGAGUCUGUAACAAUGCAUUCAGUCAGAUUGGCAAUUUGAGUCAACACAUGAGGAUACAUACUGGAGAAAAGCCUUUUAAAUGUAAAAUCUGUGAUAAUGCAUUCAGCCAGGUUGGCAAUUUGAAGCGACACAGGAGGAUACAUACUGGGGAAAAACUUUUUAAAUGUAAAAUCUGUUUGGGUACUUUUACCCACAUGAGCAGUCUGAAGCGACAUAUGAGCAAACAUGCUGGAGAAAAACCUUUUUCAUGUACAGUAUGUUAUUAUACUUUCAGCACUCAAUGUGAUCUGACUAAACACUUGAAGGUACAUACUGCAGAAAAACCCUUUAAAUGUAAAGUCUGUUUUGGUACUUUUACCCUUAUGAGUAGUCUGAAGCGACAUAUGAGCAUACAUACUGGAGAAAAACCUUUUAAAUGUAAAGAUUGUGAUGAUGCAUUCAAUCAAGUUGGCAGUUUGAAGCGACACAUGAGGAAACAUAAUGAAGACCAAAAUUUUAAAUGUUAACUAAAGGUUAUACGUUCAGCAGAAUGAGAACCAAUAAUGGAGAAAAAACCUGUAAUAAGUAAUAUUUAUGUAGUAUACAUGAUGGCACAUUUGAAUUAUUAAUAGCUAUCUGAAGAAACACAUUAGGACACAACUUAAGACCAACAUUUCAGAUAUCAAGUCAGUUUAGUACAUAAAGCAAUGUGAGUAAUCUGAAGAAAAACAUGAGGAUGCAUACUGAAGAGAAACAUUUUAAAUGAAAGUAUGUGAAUUGAUGUUACAUAGAGCCAAAUGAGCAAUCUAAAACAACAUAUGAGGAUACAUACUGGUGAAAAAACUUUUUAAAUGUAAUGUUUACGAUCAACACAUUUAAACUUGAUGGCAAUUCUGAAGAAACGCAUAACACAUUAUAAUGUAAACUAUCAGCAACAAUUAUCACUCUUGAUCAGUAUACAGUGACGUAGCUUGACAUGGUCACCGAGGGAGUAGAAACCAGGUGGUUGAAUAACUCCAUUCAGAAUUAUUUCCUACAAGAAAUUACUGGCGUGACUGCAGAGUAUCAAUGGAUAAUUUCUAAAGAUUGGCAGAAAAAAGAACUUAAUUGUUUAGCACUGCAAAUAAGAAUUUAUAUGACUUUUUUUUUGUUCUUUGUUAAUACUGCUUGGGUAUUCUACUUUUGACAUUUAUUAUUUCAAGCAUAUAUGACAAGUUUCAUAAUACUACCAUCUUUACUCCUCUUUGAGUUUACAAUUUUGCUGUAAAGAUGUAAAUAACGAUACAUUUUACUUAUCUAAAUGUAUGUUUAGGGACUGACAUUAAAUUUUAGAUUGUUGUCUUUUGUAUCAUAACGUAUAGACAUGUUUGCACAUAGUCUUUCUUGUUUUACUGUGUCCAUUAUCUAGUAGUUUAGCGUGCUGUCUCCUCAGACAAUUUUUAGUUAAUAAAUCUAAAAUAUGUUCGUGUGACACAUCAUUGCAUUAAACAAAGUUAAAUAAAUUUUUCAGAAGAUCAACAAAAUACACUUCCUAGGAAGUUUGGCAAAGUUUGGUUUUGAAUGUCCAGAUAUUAUUUAAAAACAAUGAUGGUAAAUACUACACAUAAUGUGUCAUCUCAGUUGCUCACAUCUGAGCACUUUGUAUUCAUGUGAGGUAAAAAUGGACCUUAAAUGUACAUGAUGCUGAAGCCAAAUUUGAAAGAAUCAUUGAAUAAUUAAAAAUUACAUUUUCAAGUAGAUUGUUUUAAUGUACAUGCAUAUAUGCAUGACAUAGGGGACCAGGUAUUAAUUGCAGGUACCUUUAAAGAUCCUGUAACUCAAUUUUUUUUAUGGUUUUAUAUCAUAAUUAUAAUGCUCAAAUGAAGAUUUAUUAAUAGUGUAAGUUUCAAAAAGCAUUAUUUGCAAAGAUAUUCAGUUUUCAUGUUAAUGAAGGGAGGUAAUUAGAAAUUUAUUUGCUAUAAAGUCAAAGAGGAUUUUACAUGGAUGCAUUGAAAGAGUUUUUUUUGUAACAAAUCUUUGGUAUUGGGAAAAUAAAUAAAUAAAA